AUGAAUUCUUAAAUAUAUAAUCUUGUGAGUGUGUUCUAAGUGAUAUCUUUAAAAAUUAAUAUUAAGUGUUUAUGAUCGUUUAAAUAGCAAUUAGAAAGAUGAUACUAAAAUAAAGUCAUUGGAAUCAUCUAUGAUGGAAUUAAAGGAACACUAUUGGAGAGCUUAUUAUUAUUUAUUGGAUUAUUAAAAAAGUGAUUGGAAAUCAGGACAUGAAUCAUGCAUAUUAUAACAUAUGGAAGUCUUGUGUGAAUAGUAUAAUUUAUAUGAUUCUAGAGGAAGAGGAUUUUAUUUUUUCAGUUCAGUCUAUUCAUGUUGAAGUUGUGAUGAUAUAGCUUAAAAUACUAUUCCUAUAAUUUUAUUGAGUCCAUGGACUUUAAUAACUACAUUGAUAAUAGUGAGCACAAUUAUAUAAAUGAUUUAGAAAUUUGGAAAAGAAUUUAGCUUGAAGGCUUUUGGAGGGAAAGUAGCAAUAAACGAAGCUUAAGCAGUUAUUUUACUAAGAAUUUACAAUUACUCUUUAAAUUAUAUCAACAAAACCUCCUUUUAAUAAUUAAUUAAAAAAAUGAUUAUCCUCAGUUUGCAAUAGUGUUAGUAACCCUCUAAAUAUUUUAACAUAUUAUUGAUUGCUUCUUAAUUAAUAUCAUAGAUAUAUUUAUAAUAUACGUUAGAAUCAUUUGGAUCUUAAUUAUGA